AGUAAGAGAUUCACGAACUACUUAAUUCUCGUGGAUCCCCCGUUUGCUGAUCACUAUCACGCUCCCUGUCAAUAACAGUCAUUCGUUUGGUCUUACCACUAGUCACUCGUUUUGGUUUCUUUAUUUUCGCAUCUGCUUGAGUGAUUACUCAGUCUCGUGGAUCUUUCCUCUUUUGGCUUUUUUUUUGCCUCUUCAACUCUUCUUCAUUUGCUGUGUCCCAGCCGCAGCCUAUCCCCAACUUCGAAAGAGUCAGCAGGACGUCGAAAGAAAAAAAAGAACACAGAAUAAUGAUCUCCCUGAUCCACUUUGGCUUGGUGCUCGCACCCUUGGUGUCUGCCAUUAGCAUCGCUAAACCGGCUGCCAACUCGACCUACGCGGCUGGAUCCACGAUCACUGUCAACUGGAGCACCGUUGACACGGAUCCCUCUGAAUUCAGCCUCUACCUCUGGAAUUUUGUUUCCUGGCCUCCUUCCUAUGUCCCUCUGGCUCUGAAUGUGCCCACAUCGGAUCAGUCCUACUCGGUGCAGAUUCCCUGCGACACCAACCCCGAAUGGGGCUACCAGAUCAGUGCCAUCAACGGCACCAAUGUGUACAUUAUCCACGCACAGGGAGAACGGUUCACUAUCUCGGAUGCCGUAGAUGGCACCAGCUGUUCUGAUCCUAUCUCCCAACCAUCCCCUUCCACCUGCGGUCCCACUACUGCGGUGUCAACCGUUUAUGUCACGGUGAGCCCUACCGGUUCCAGUUCUCAUCUUUUUCACCACUCCUCCCACGGCUUUAACUCCAGCCACCAUCACCAUUCUACCCAUCCUACUCCAUCACCAUCCACCACUUCUACCUCGUCCCGAUCUGUGAAGCCCGGAAUUGUGCCUAAGACUAUUGGUUGGUGCUCAGACUACUCCCACCCUGUGACCUUGGACAAGGUUCCCACUCCUACGCCCGCGGUUGUGCGCUCCACCAGUACUACCACAGCACUAGUUACUGGCGCUCCGAAUCAGAUCCCCAGCAACGACGGCGUGAAGAUCGUGACGGUCACUUCCACGGUCUCUGUGGCCGGUGUACCAGGAAGCGAACAGUGUCCUUUUGUUUGAACUUCGACAUGAUCUAUUAGGAAUUACCUUCACUUCAUUCUACCUUUGUAUUAAUUCUUUCUAUUCAACUCUGACCUUUCCCGACGUUACCUGGCACAUCUUGACUUUCUGACUUGACGCGAGGAUGAGGACCACCGAGCACGAGUGGCUAAGGACUAGUUAGACUCAUGUGUAAGAAGUAUACAUGGAACUACCUUUAGCAAUGAUAUAAAGCCCGCAACAAGAUGUAAUCAGUUGUAGCGCAUGCUUUUACUUGAGAAAAAU